AAGGUGCUGGGUGCUGCCAGUUUUGGCACCUGUGUCUGAGGAGAAGGUUUCUCUUCAGGGCGAUGACCAACUCUUGCCCCUUCUCCUCAGAACCUCUGAAACUCCAGCUCACCCCCAAAGGCGAAAAUGACCAGUCCUGUGGCGGGCACCGGCGGUAUGCCGGAGAGCGAGGCUCCCAGGCCAGGGGCGCCCGGGGACACCGGCCCCUGGGGGAGUCUUGGUGGGGAGGGGACCGGCUAGUCGCCGGUCCACCCUCAGGGGAGUCGAGAACCUUUGGCUCUGUCCUUAAGAACUGGUGAGGGGAAAGGGAAAAAUGGAAGCUCGUCCGCAGUCGGGCUCGACCUCGCGCCCUUUGAGGGGAGGUGGCGCGGCGCCUGAGAGGUCACAGGGGACGUGCUUCUUUAAGCGAAAGCCAUCCAAAAGCCCGGUUCGGGGGUUUACAGCUGCUGGGGAGGGGUGUCCCACAGCAGGAACGUGAGGGCCACCAGCCAUCGCGCUAGAGAAGCGGCCCACCCCGCUUCUUUGCACCCUCUGAACUAAGAAGCUGUAGUUUACGGUGAAUUUAUUGAUAAGCUGUGAGAAGUUUAGUUCGGGUAGUUGCUUCUGAGGGUAAAUAACUUGGUGUGGGCAUAAGGGUUCCUGGAAACGACUUUUCAUCUUGUGAAAAAGCUGAAAAAUCAGGUUUGUGGAGCGCGCAUGCGCCCGAGCCCACCUACGCCCAGAAUGGACCCUGCUGCCAUUCACGGCUCGGGAAUGAGCGCGAACCACGUGCUGCUAGACAGUGAAGCCCAGGGGAGCUCAGACUCUGAGACUUUACAGCCUUUAAAUAAGUUCUGAGGCUCAUAGAGUCCAUGGUAAAGUACAAUUCUAAAGGAUUUGCUUUUCUUAGACUAACGACUGGAGGAACAAUAUGAAGAGGGAAUCUUAAAAGGCGGAAUUAACUUUUUUUAAUAUUGCCAAGACUAAAUUAUUUUACUAGAGGCAAAGAAAGCUGUGUUUCUCAGCUGAAUGAUGACAACAUUGCAGAAGAAAGAAGAAUGUGGGAAGGGAUCAAAGAAACCCUUUGCCCCACCUACACAAAAAUUGCAUAGCAUGAUACCGCAUGGCCCCAACUCACACAGAGACGAGACCCUGGGGAUCAGUUCUCCAGUGGCAGAAGCCAAGGCAAGCCCACCAAAAGCCAGGUUAGAGAAGGAGGAAAAGGCAACUACAGAGGAUGGUCCAGGGGUUGGUCAGGAGAAAAAAGGAAAGGCUCAAGACAAGCCAGCAGAGAAGAAGGAAAAGGGAAAAUCAAGUCUUACCAAUGCAGAAUUUGAAGAGAUUGUCCAGAUUGUGCUUCAGAAGUCCCUUCAGGAGUGCUUGGGUACGGCUUGUGGGAUGGGAUCUGGUCUUAAUUUUGCAGAGACUACCUGUGUUCAGACCAAUUCCCAGUCAGACAAAGAACCAGGCAUUGCUUCUGCUACUGAUAAUGAUAACGCUGUUGGAGAGUGGAAAAUGAUACCUCAUACUCCAGAGACUUCAGCCUCUGUAGAAGAUGUCCCAGAGAUAAGAACAUCUAAAUCAGCCCAACUGGUUCCUGCACCUUCUGAGAAGAAAUUUAAUAGACUUUCCUUAAGCAAAAGAAAGAGGGAAGCUCAAGAUGAAAAAAUGGAGAAAGUUCAAGGUGGACAUGAGUGCAGAGAGAAAGACCAUCCAGAGAAAAUAAUUCAGGGUGAUUCUCAGAUCAGGGGUCAGCAAAAAGGGGAAGAAAGUGGUUUUGGUCAAUGUUUAGUUUGGGUCCAGUGUUCCUCUCCAAACUGUGAGAAAUGGAGGCGGCUGCGUGGGAACAUUGACCCUUCAGUUCUCCCAGAUAAUUGGUCUUGUGACCAGAAUACAGACUUGGAUUAUAAUCGCUGUGAUAUUCCUGAGGAGAUCUGGACAGGGCGUGAGAGUGAUGUGGCCUAUGCCUCCUAUGUCCCAGGAUCCAUCAUCUGGGCCAAGCAGUAUGGUUACCCCUGGUGGCCAGGCAUGGUCGAAUCUGAUCCUGACCUGGGGGAAUAUUUUCUCUUUGCUUCUCAUCUUGAUUCUCUGCCGUCUAAAUACCACGUGACAUUUUUUGGAGAAACAGUUUCUCGUGCUUGGAUCCCAGUCAACAUGCUAAAGAAUUUCCAGGAGCUGUCCCUGGAGCUAGCGGGAAUGAAAAAGUGCAGGAAUAAGGACUACAGCCAGAAACUGGUGGCAGCCAUCAUGAUGGCUCAGAAGGCAGAACAGAUCAACAUUGGGGAGCGGGUCAACUUAUUUGGUUUCUGGAGCCGUUAUGGUGGAUCUGACAGCAGUGGAAAUGGAAAAGACCUAAUACUUUCUGGGGCUAAUAGCCCAGAGUCCUACUUGGAAAAAGAAGAGGAGGAAUCAGAGAUAGAGGAGGAGAAAGAAGAGAAGAGAGAUCCAACUUUGCCUGGACCAAAGCCAACCAAAACACAUUCAAAAAAGCCCAAGGCAAGACCAGCCAUGGCAGAUAGACAAGACAGGACCCUAAAAAAGAAGAUAGUGAAGAGACCUCUGGGCAGUGAAUCCAUAGUGCCUCCUGCACCUAUUACGGGAAGGAAAGAAGGACAAAGGAAUUCUGAUCUGGACCAGCCAGGCCUUAAGAAAAAAUUUCAAGUUCCCCAAACCAAGGCCUCAGCAACCAACUUGUCUCAGGAAAAAGAACUUAGAAUGAUGCCGAAGGGCCUGACCCCACCAGCUCAUCACAUGGCCUGUCCCUUGGAGGGGAAAGAAGGGCCUAGACCCCAGGAACCACCGACUAAGAAGGCUGAAAGUAUCCCCACUGAAGAUGAAGCUUCCAGUGACCUGGACCUGGAGCAACUCAUGGAAGAUAUUGGAGGAGAGUCCAAGGAGCAAGGGGAGCCACAGCAUGGAGAGGAUGCAGGGGGGUUCCCUGCAGCCUUCUUUGAGGAGUAGUCCUCUGCUCUUAUCCUACUAUUCUCUGCAGCAGGGGAGUCUCUUGGGAGGUCCCUGAGCAGUUGAUAAUUUUGGGGUUGUUAGUUGGCUACAAGUUCAAGUCAGUUGUGUAGUUUAUGUGUUAAUAAAGCAGGUUACUGAUGUGAUUUGUUUGG